AUGAGCUACACGGAGCGCCUGCUCUACACCAGCAGCCCGUGCCAUCCUGGCAUUUCCCCCUACACCCCCACGCCCAAAGACCCGCCGCCGACUCCUGCCGCCGACAUGGUGGUAGCGGUGUGCGAGGACGAGGCCGGCGCGUUCGUCGCCACCAACGCAUGGGACGCGCCGACGGUGGUGGCGCGCACAGGAGUUGCCCACACCAGCAGCCCCCACGCCAGGCGCAGCCCGCGACAUCCUGGCGGCAUUGCCCCCGCCACCACCGGCCCCGCCCCCAAGGACCCACCGCCCGACAUGGUGGUAGCAGUGCGCGACGACGACGACGAGGCCAACAAGCUCGUCUCCGCCACCACCGGCUCGACACGGGACACGCCGACGAUCUUUGCGGGCCACAUCGGCAACCGCGAGCUGUCCGCGGUGGCUAUCGGCCUCUCCGUCAUCUCCAACUUCUCCUUCGGCUUCCUCCUCGGGAUGGGCAGCGCGCUGGAGACGCUGUGCGGCGUGCGCGUGUCCAACGAGCUCGGGUCCGGGCGGCCCCGUGCGAGCAUGUACGCGGUGAUGGUGGUGCUGGAGCAGUCGCUGGCGUUCGGGAUGCUGGCCAUGGUGCUCGUGCUUGCGACGCGGGAGCAGUUUCCGGCCAUCUUCACCGGCGACAGGCACCUGCAGAAGGCCGUGUCCAGCAUCACCUACCUGCUGGCCGUCACCAUGCUGCUCAACAGCGUCCAGCCCGUCAUCUCGGGCGUUGCUGUGGGCGGCGGCUGGCAGGCCGUCGUCGCCUACAUCAACCGUUGCCGGCCGGACGGUUACCGGGAGGCGGAGUCGCCGCUGUGGUGGUCGGAGACGAGCACGUGGAUGGCGCUGGAGAGGCUGUUGACAGCGGAGACAAGGCCCGCGAAGCCCUGGCGCCGCAACUCCAGCCGCAGCCGCCGCUCCUCCAGCUCCAGACCUCCAGUACCUCCCGGAGACAAAGUGCAAUCCUUUUCUGUAUCUUUUGCAUUUGGCAUCCACCCAAACUACCGACCCAGCCAAGGCUUAGCCUUUUUCAUUGCGAAGAGCAUGAAUUUCUCAUCCGCCAUUGAUCUACAGUACUUUGGCAUCUUCAACACCGAAAAUCAAGGCAACUUAAGCAACCACAUCUUUGCUAUUGAGAUUGACACCCUCUUAAAUAGUGAGUUAAGAGACAUUGAUGCCAACCAUAUUGGAAUAGACAUCAACAAUGUCAUCUCAAACGAGUCCCACACAGCUGGUUUCUAUGAUGACAAUAAUGGUCUCUUCAAUCCCUUGAAUCUCACUAGUGCUAUGCCAACCACCAACCACGGACAGGAGAGUGGCAGCCACCGCCACCCGCAUGCGGCGUCCUAUGUCCGGUCACCGGCGGCAGAUCCCCGAUGUGUCGCAACCCCUCGGGCCAGAGAGGACGAGGAGGAAGCGGUUGCCGGCGAGCACCCCGCAGCUCGCUACAGGGCCCACCAGCACAGAUCCGGCCAAGGGGCAGCAGGAUCCACCUUCCACAGCGCCGGAUCGGCCCCUUCCGCUGUGGACUGGGUAGCCGCCGCUGCCAUAGCUGACGCCGCCUUGCGAGCGACGUGCCAUGGCAGAGGAGGCUCAAGUGGAGAAGAAGCCCGACGUUGUCCUCGUGCAGCUGCCUCCUCCCGCGCUGUCCACGGCCCACCCGUAGCUCCACGCCAUGCAGCGCCCUGCGGGGCGCCCCCUUCUCGCGCUGCCGCUCCCCGGCCAAAUCCAUGCGGGGGGAUGCCGGAUCUUGUUACCACCGGGAGGAGAGGAGGGAAGGAAGGAAGGAAGAAGAACCCCUCCGCCACCAUCCUCACGGCUGCGCGGCCACCGGCAGCACGAUCUGGCGGCGGCGAGGUGGCACGGGGAGGUAGGGAGGAGAGGUUGGCGGUGGUGGCGUUGCCGCUCGUGUCGCCUAGGAGGGACGACGCGGUGGCCGGCUUCAAUCUGGGAAAUAUCUAG